CUCUCUCUCUCUCUCUCUCUCUCUUUCCCUCUGAUGUUUCUUCAGGCAGAAAUUAACACAUCACAUCCUCUCUUCUUUUCCUAGUUUCUUCUCCAUCACCUUCGCAGAUCAUUUGUCCUCUUCUUCUCUCGACAAGAUCCCUGACGCCAUGUUCUCACUUUUACUCCAGAAUCUCUGAACAUAAAAAAAGAAGUCGCUCCUUCAUCUUACACCCUCUGUUUCUCUGCUUUCUCUCUCUCUCUCUCUCUCUCUCCUCGACAAACAUUAACCUCGGUGUAUGUGCGGCUGACAAAAGAAAAAAGGAAUUUUCAUAUUCAUAUUUCGAGCAAUUUAACAAGCGGGUAUGCAUCGGGUCAAUGAGAACUGCUUGGUUCCGUGUUGUCACCAGAGCUUCUGCUGAAGAACAGGGGAGGGGCACAUGGAAAAGCAGGGGAAGAAUCACGACAAGAAUUAGAGGGUCGACUUCUUUUUCGUGAUUGUCAAGGUGGUCGAUAGCUGUUCGGUCGCUUGCCCCAUCCGUUGCGUCAUUCAUUUUUUUUUUAACAUUUUCUUGCUCUCGAUGCGUUGCAUACACUCUCUCUCUCUCUCUCUCAUGGGGUUUUAGACUUUUUCUUGGAGAGUGACGGAAAUGGCGGAAAAUCCAAAGUUGGAACUCGAGAGUAGUGGGCCGGAGGAGAAGAUGGGAACCCAGAAAAUCUCGGUGUCGGAUCACAUGAACGGAUUGCAAGCCGAAAAGUCCGAUGACUUGGUCAUCGACAUGGAAAGUUUCUCGCAUCUCGUUCCUUCUCCUUGCAAGGACAUCAAUUCCAGAGUCACUUUGCAGAGAAGCCUUUCUCGAAAAGGGUCACAGCGAGUGAGCGAGGACAAGGUCAUCUCCAACGCAAGUGCCGCAGAUAAGAACGAGAGCCAACCAGGGAUUGUUCUGGCAACAUCCUCGCCCAGAGGCACGCCCAGAGCUUCACUUCUAGGGUCCAACUCGAUGGACGCAGCUACGAUGGCUGCUCUUGGGACGACCGAUCACGCCAGUAAACUGCAGAACCACCAUCAGAUCACUGUCACCUCCGGAAGCAUCGGGAGUGCUAACGAGAGCAGGUUCACUAUCCGAAGAAAUAGUUUCCGGCGAUCUUCUCCGUCAUGGAUUCUCGAUCCAAAGAGAAUCCUUUUCAUUUUCGCUACUCUGUCGAGCAUGGGAACGAUUUUGUUAAUCUAUUUCACCCUUUCGAUUAGCAAAUCGAGCCCGGAUGGCGGUGAUUUUGACUUGCCGCAGUAAUCCCGGGAUUGUCUUUACAACAGAGACUAGAUUUAGCAUUUACGCUUUGGAGUUUGGACUUUGGAUUCGCAGCACAGAGCUACCUGAUGGUGAGGUCAUUUUCUGGGAUCUUUUGGCACUCUCUUCUUGAUGCGGAAGUUCAACCAGCAAAAGCCAACCAAAAUCAAUGAAGAAACUUAAAGAGAAAGGGAGGGAAAAAAGAAAAUCUUGGGUGGAUGAGAAAUGAUUGGUUUGGGAAAAAUGAAGAAGAAAAGGAGAGGAAAAAGCUGAAUCCAUUCCAUUGUCAUUGAUUUGGCUGGACCAGAGAAAUCUUCAUGGUUGGCCUUUUAGAGGAUUUUUUAUAGGUGAUGACACGCUGCGAAGUGACAAAGAGGAGAAAUCUUCUAUUUUAUAAGUUAGAGAGAGAUCAAAGGCAUAUGGUUGA